UGUCAUCAAUUUCUUGGCGCUGCGAGACCAACUUAGGCAGCGACGAUAAUGGCGGUAGCAUCAUCCUCUACAGCAUCUGGAACCCAUGUCCUCCACCGCCUCCUUUGCCCACUCCCACCACAACCCCGAUCACUUCCUUUCUUCUUGAGACCUCUUUCCACCACUUCUGCUACCAUCACCGGAAAAUCUGCUCUCUUCAAGGUCCAAAAAUCUCAACUUGACAUAACUUCCACCACUACCCUCUUCUCUUUUCUCCAUUCACCGUCCACUACUCCUUAUACUCUCCUCUUUCCCCACUCUCUGUCCACUUCUCUCUCUACCCCACCAAAUGCGGAACAAGAUGAUGAUGAUGAUGAUGGUGAAAUUGAAUAUGAUAGUGAGGAAGACAUUGAUAGUGAAAGUGAAGACUUCGAAUUGGAGGACAAUGCUGCUUCUGUUGAUGUUGGUGAUGGGUCCCGUAAAGAAGAGUCGAAGAGAAAUGGUUCAAAAGUACCCAAUUUGACAGUGAAGGAAAAGAAAGAGCUGGCUUCUUAUGCGCAUGGAUUGGGUAAGAAGCUCAAGUGCCAGUUAGUGGGCAAGUCUGGUGUUACUGAAAAUGUUGCGACUUCUUUUAUUGAGACACUUGAAGCUAACGAGCUUUUGAAGAUCAAAAUACAUAGGACUUGUCCAGGGGAGCUGGAAGAUGUGGUUCAGCAAUUGGAGGAAGCAACUGGGUCGGUGGUAGUUGGUAAAAUUGGUCGGACUGUGAUUGUAUACCGGCCCAGCCCCUCUAAAUUGAAGGCAGAGGAGAAAAAGAAAAGCAUGCGUAGAGUGUUUGUGAGAAAAGAAUCAAAAUUGAGGCCUGUCUCAUUGCCAAGAGGACAACCACCAAGGUUAUCUGGUCGUGGUCGUCGAGGGAGCAGCAGGAUAUGAACAUUACUAUUUUCUGGUUCUCUCUUCCUCGAAAUAUUGUGCAGCCUACUGAAGAACAUUGCAUGAGAAAUCCUGGCAAGGCAACAAAUUUCUGGAAUUUUAGCGGCAGAUAGGAUUGGCCAAGAAGAUGACUAAAAGAGUGAACUUGUAAGCACUAUAAAUAUCAUGUUUUUGAAAAUAUAAAUGGCUAAGGAAAUACAGUGACGUAGCUAAAAACUUGCACUUGGAUGAUGCUCUUUGUAGUGUUGCUUCUAAACUGCAGAUAACAAAUUAUGUCAAUUGUUUAUGUUGCAUGAAUGUUUAUGUUUCAAA